GACGUUUUAGAAAUUCAGUCGAUAGGCACCGCAGUUGGCUGGCUCACUAUCCCGGUUUCGGCAAACCGUUGUUGUGAAGAGAGGGAAACGGAAAAGAGAAAGUAGACUACAGCAUUUUUAGAAGAUAUUUUUCGUUUAUCUAUCGUGCAUCUUCGUUGUCUCUUUUGAGCAGGCACCAUGGCGUGUGGAGCUACGUUAAAGCGCUCGAUGGAGUUUGAGGCCCUACUCAGUCCUCAGUCUCCUAAGCGAAGAAGGUGCAAUGCACUACCGGGGGCUCCAAGCACUCCGUCCCCUCAAAGGUGCAACCUCCGUCCGCCAGUUGACUGCCCAUCAUCACACUCGAUGUCUCCCCCGGCUAUGGGAGGAGAGCACAGGCUAACUCCAGAGCAGAUCUUCCAGAACAUCCGUCAGGAGUACAGCCGCUACCAGCGGCGACGGCAGCUGGAGGGGGCCUUCAACCAGAGUGAGGUUGCCUGUAGCUCCACCGAUGCCCCCAGUUCCUCCCUCACCGGCCCCAGCUCCCCACCAGGUGCCUCGAGGAAGGACCAGCCGUCGUUCACACUGAGGCAGGUGAGCUACCUGUGCGAGCGCUUGCUCAAAGACCACGAGGAGAAGAUCCGGGAGGAGUAUGAACAGAUCCUCAACACAAAACUUGCAGAACAAUACGAAUCUUUUGUGAAAUUCACACAAGACCAGAUCAUGCGAAGAUACGGCGCCAGGCCUGCUAGUUAUGUCUCUUGAAUUCCCCCAUCGAUGAGGUACCAGCUUUUCUCUCAAGAUGGCUGCUCUUCUACUGCCCCUUCCUCCACUAGAUUUGUGAUUUUUAUUUCCCCUUUUUUUCAUGCUAUAUGAGUACCAUGGUUUAUCAACAUUUUUAAUCCAAAACUGAUUUCUAUAAAAUGCUAAUGAAUCGGAAUAAAAUGUAAAGAUUCAAUUAUAUGCUAGCUCUCUGGAUUUUUUUUGACGAAAGCAGAUAUUUUUUGUUCUCCCCAGCGCUGUAGUGGCUAUUCUCUGAUCCUUCUGUAUUAUAACCUGCCAGCACUGCCCCUCUGCAGCAGCUGUAUUACUAAAGCCCCCUGGCCUCUCAUCCACCCAGUUUAUUUUUUAUCUUUUUCAACUCUAACUGAGGAUGUGGAUUUCUUUUGAAAUUAAAAGUUCUGUGAUUUAAAA